AAUAUAUGUUUUGACAGAACAGCCUUGCCAAGCGAGAAGAGAAACGCUCAGAAAGAAUACUAUUUAUUUUGGACGCUAAAUCGAAGAAAUCGGCGCGGCCUUCGUGCCUGUUGGUGCUCUGGUCGGCUAAUCUGGUAAUUGCAAGGCACUGGUGAAAACAAAACCAUGGGUGACUGCAGCGAUCUUGACCGUCAGAUUGAGCAGCUGCGGCGCUGUGAGGUCAUAAAGGAAGCAGAGGUCAAAGCACUCUGCGCCAAGGCACGGGAAAUCCUUGUGGAAGAGAGUAAUGUACAAAGAGUGGAUUCACCUGUUACAGUAUGUGGAGACAUUCAUGGACAGUUUUAUGACUUAAAAGAAUUAUUUAAAGUUGGUGGAGAUGUGCCAGAUACCAACUACCUCUUUAUGGGAGACUUUGUUGACAGAGGCUUCUAUAGUGUGGAAACUUUUCUCCUACUUUUAGCACUGAAAGUUCGAUACCCAGACAGAAUCACAUUGAUCAGAGGCAAUCAUGAGUCACGACAAAUUACUCAAGUAUAUGGUUUCUAUGAUGAGUGUUUAAGAAAAUAUGGAACCAUCACAGUAUGGCGAUACUGCACAGAAAUUUUUGACUACCUAUCACUGUCUGCUAUUAUUGAUGGCAAGAUUUUUUGCGUACACGGAGGUUUAUCACCAAGCAUUCAAACACUAGAUCAGAUACGUACUAUUGACCGCAAGCAGGAAGUUCCCCAUGAUGGCCCUAUGUGUGAUCUCUUAUGGUCUGACCCUGAAGAUACUCAAGGCUGGGGUGUGAGUCCACGAGGAGCAGGCUAUCUCUUUGGCUCAGAUGUUGUAGCACAAUUCAAUGACACAAAUGGCAUAGACAUGAUAUGCCGAGCACAUCAACUGGUCAUGGAAGGAUAUAAGUGGCAUUUUAACAACACAGUACUAACCGUUUGGUCAGCACCGAACUAUUGUUACAGAUGUGGUAAUGUGGCAGCCAUUUUAGAGCUGGACGAAAAUCUCAAACGGGACUUCACAAUAUUUGAGGCAGCACCACAGGAGAGUCGAGGCAUACCAGCAAAGAAGCCUCAAGCAGACUACUUCCUUUAGGAUUUUUCUUUAGAAAAGUUGCAGUAUUGCUGUGUAGGAUAUCUUUCACUCAUUCUGUGAAUCAACUUACACUUGCUGCUUUGGCACAAGGUGCUACGAGACUUAUGGGCAUGGUAUGAUUCAUUAUUUUCAUUUUUUCAUGUAGCAUGUCAUUUAUCAUAGCUAUUAUUUUUUAUAUUUUAAUAUUAUUUUUGUUAAUACCAUUUUUAUAAUUGUCAUUAUUUUAUUAGAAAGUCAGUAAAACCAUUUUAGGAAUUAUUGCUAUCAGAGGACCCAUUAUAAGUAAUUAUUGGGGGGAAUAUAGAUGUCACAGAUAUUCGUAAAGGUUAUUUUGGUGACAACUGAAAUGUUAAAACAUUUACUUGCUCACAUGUUACUGUCUUUUUAUGAUGAGUGAACUACAUUCUUUCCUACCUAUAUUAAUGACAUGCUUAGAAUCUGUAGUUGAAAUAUUUCAGUGUGCAUCUUAGAAUGGUGUAAGCACAGUUAUUUCUAAAUUCCUACCGUGAGAGAAUAGACAGAAAAAUGUGCAUUUUUGAAAUGAUUCCCACUUGGAAAAAGACCCAUCUUGCCCAUCCUGACCAGUUGAAUCUGUAUAUAGCAGGUAUGAAUAAUCAAAGGUUCAGGCCUAGGGCAGUUUGUUGGCCUGUAAUUCCCAUCACACUCAUUUCCAUGUUAGAUGACCUUGGAGUGCAUACUUGGUAUAUCAAAACUCGGUAGAAGUGAAAUUUGUAGGUUUUCCCCCAUGUACAAUGUAUGAGACUUGGAAAUUAAGGUUUCUUGAAGUAUUUGCUAAAGUAACUUAUGUGUUUCAGGUUUACUUAUUAAUUAAAUUUAUUUAGUGUUAAAUUGAUCUGGAAAAGUCUCAUAUUUGCUGUCAGAAGAAUACAUUCUAUCUAUACCAAUACAGUUCUAGCCAUUUUUUAUACCAAGAACACUCCUCAGGUUGUUUUAGGUGUCACUGGUUAACAAUGUGACAUGAACUCCUUAUGAGUCAGUUUGGUGCACUGAGGUGAAGCUUCACCAGAAGUGACUCAUCUUUUACUGUCAUCUGUACAUGAAGCAUAGUCCAUUAUUCAUCCAGGGUUCUUGAUUGUCAUAGCUCAUUGCAAUUUUUUGCAAAAAAACAUGAAAUGUGAAUGCAUUAUCUUUAGGAAAUUAUUUGAAAACUUUCUUUCCCUCCAUUUUAUCAUCAGAUGUGCAGGUUUGUGCAGAAAAGUAUAUAUAUAUAUAGAAGUCUGAUUCUCUUUCAGUAAAGGUACUGUGAAGAAAGCAGAAAAAAAUCACCAAGACUCAGGUGUUAGAAACUGACUGUCCUAAAUCAUUUACAUUGUUCAUAUUGAGUAAUAUUGCCUGCACUGUCUUGGAGACUGAGAGUAAUUUUGAACACAUGACUGGAAGUACUAGUUGCAGAGGGAAUCCUAUUCAACCAGACUACUCAUGAAUUGGUAUAGAUAUUGAAGGACCUCAGUAGCUUGUAUCAGAAGGUUCUAUUUCAGUCUUCUGGCAGUGUUGGGAGUGGAUCAUGUUGGUCACUUUCCAUCUUGAAACACUGAUUUGGGGGGAAAGCAGAUAAGUAAAGAUUUUCUUAUGAUUGCUGUUGAUAUCUUGUGUAUGAAAGUAUUCAGAGUAAAAUGAAAAUAAUCCAAGCAUGUAGUUUGAAAAACUGUGCAGACUUUGUUGAGCAAUUGGGAAAGAGUUCCUUAAAAUAUCCUGACUUCUUGUCAAUAUCUACAUAUGUAAUUAUCUACAGCUCUAGGCAGUAAAAUUUGGUGGAAAUUGUGUGCAGAAAUUUAUUUUUUUGCAGACUACAUACAUUCUCUUGAAAUGCCAUUUUUUAUAUGUAUACUAGUGACAUACUUGAUGCUCUGUCACUUUGUGAUGUAAUCUACUGGUAUUUUAGUAACUUUUCAUUAUAAAUAUUGUACAAAUAUUCCUAAAGAGGAAAAGGCUCUGAUAAAGCAAAAGAAUUCUAGCAGGGAAGAGGACAUUUAGUAUUUUCCUGUAGUUCUUUGGUUUGUAAAGGAGAAGUAGUUUGUCCAUUAAUUUAUAGACAAUAUAAGAAGAUAAUUGUUUAAAGUAGAUUAUCCAUUAAAUUGGAUACAGUAAAUGAGAAAACUGAAAAUCUGUAAAAUUCUUAAAUGAAGUUUAGAAAGUGCUCCCACAAUUGGUACAAUAAGUGAUACUAGCCAAUAUAUGGAAAAUAAAUAUUACAUUUCAUAUGGUCAAACUGACUGAAAUGUAGUCAGCCACUUGCGUUAAGAUGAAUUUCAGAAUGAAACUAGGUUUUUGUUUCCCAUGCCACUGUAUUUUAUCAUCUUUUUUCUGGGUACAGUUAUCUUCCAUGAACUUCAAAAUGUUUCUUUACCUUUUUCUGUUUUUAUUUUUUGUGCUGUUUAAAUAUACAAGCAAGACAGAGAAUAUAAAACUAACGUAGAGGGAUUUAUUGUUUUCACUGAGGUUUUGAACCUGUGUCUAGAACUUACAUGUAAGAAUGUGUAAGUGCAUGUUUGCAUGCAUGUGUCAUACAUUAUAUUGCUAUUUAGUAAUGAGAAAACCAAUCUCCAAUAUUUUUCAUCGUCUAGAACAAAUUCCAUUGUCUCCAUUAAACUUUUUUUUUUUUUUAUGUUCUCAUCAAGGAUGUAACUGGCAUGGGAGAUAGAUAGGUUUACUAUCAUGGCAGGAUGAGUUUCUGGCAGUGAUGGAUGGCAAGUAAAGAAAUAGAAUAACUAUCAAAUAUGGUAGUCUCAGCACAGGAUGAAAAUGGAAACUUCACAUGUGUCUGAUCUUUGAAGGUUUUAUCAUAUAGUAUGAAUCUUUAUCAUGACUACGACAAAGGGCGGCACGGCAUUCACGAAAUUCUUGACCACUGGGAUGAUGUGUACAGUACAAAAGAUGUGUAGCUCAUAUUUCACAUUUAUUUUUCUUUUCCUAAACCAGAAGAAAAUGUCAAUGGAGUCCAGCUAAUAAAGAUUAAAAGAUCGGUAUCUAGUGGCUCUUCUCUUCAUUAUUUUCCAUUUCAUGAUUAUGGUUAUUUGUAUCCUUACAAGAAUUUUAAAAGGUAUUGUCUGUAUAAAUAGUCAGCCCCAAGAUAAUCCCUAAUAAAUGAAUAUAUUCUCCCAUGUGAUGUGCAUUGAAGAACUACAAUACAUAUGAAUAAAUUUUUUUUUAUUUUUA